AUGUUCACAUCUGAUGAGUGGUCAAAAUCUAAGACUGCCAAAGACCCUAAGGGAAAAAGGGCAACUGAUAUUGUACUCAGUACAUCUUUUUGGAAUGAUGUAGUUUUUUGUCUUAAGGCUAUGGGGCCUCUUGUGGGUGUGCUGAGGAUGGUUGAUAAUGAAAAAAUGCCAGCAAUGGGUUACAUUUAUGAAACAAUGGAUAAGGCCAAAGAAGCAAUUCAAAAUGCAUUUCAUGGAAUUGGAAAAGAAGAUAAGCUGGAUGAUGAUUUAGAAGUGGUUAAUGGUUAUUUAAAAUGCUUUGAGAGGAUAACUGCAAAUACAGAUGAGAUGGACCAGGUUAUGAAUGAAUUGGAGCUAUAUAAGAAAGCUUGGGGUCUCUUUGGCAUGGACUCAGCCAAAAGACAAAGGGAUAAAGUGUCUCCUCCUCUUCAGUAUGUGAGCGCAAUUGAAAUUCAUUCCAAGAGGCGAAGUAGACUUGAGCAUCAGAAGUUGGAGGACUUGGUUUAUAUUAAAUAUAACAAAACUCUUAAAUAUCGAUUUGACAAUCGUGAUCUGAUUGAUCCCAUUCUCCUAAAUGGUAUUGAUGAAAGCAAUGAAUGGUUGGUAGGAGAUAUGGGUGGUGAUGGGGAACAAAAUGAGAAUGAACUUCAGACAAAGUCCAUUGCUUUGCCUUCAAGCUCUAAGGGAAAAGAGAUUAAAGAAAAAGAAGGACUUAAAGAUGUGCCAGAACAACUGUACAAUAUAGAUACUAGUGACAGUGAGGCUGAAGCAGACUUUGGUGAUGGUAGAAUUCAAGAUUAUGAUUAG